AUGUCAAAAAACUCUGCUACUGGAAAGCUCUCGUUUUUGGCAACCCAGAUCUAAUUAAGUAUAAUAAGUGCAUAGAUAAGUGCUAUGACCCAUGGUCGAUUAGUUAUUGAUAAAAAUUAAAAUGAUAAAAUUUAAUUACAAGUACUGAAAAUCUAAAAAGUAUAAUUAUUAUAAAUUUUAGUUUCUUAUUCUAAUUAUAUAAAUACAGAAUAAUUAUUGAAUAUAAUGGAGUCGUUAAUUAAAAGUGUUGGUGAGAAUGAUUAUAAACCUGAAAAAUGUAUGUACAUUCAAUAUUUAAAAACCUUCGUUAGUACUUAUAAAAGUUUUAUAUAUUUUUUUAAAACUUAUAAUUAUUUUAAUUUAGAUGUCAAAGAGUUAUCUCAAAGAUGUAUGGGUCCUGAAGAAUUAUUGCAGCAAAAGACUAAUGUGGAAUCUUUGGGUGAACAAAUUAACACUAUGCUUAAGAAAAAUGUAUUCUAUAAUUAUACUCAAUUUAUUGAUACCGCUAAAGAGAUUGCAAGUAAAUAGAGAAAUUUAAAAGUUGUCACUAAUUUGAUAUAAAUAUUAGUUAUAUUUUUAUUUAUAGAUUUAGAAGGUGAAAUGUAUCAGUUAUCUCAUUUACUAACUGAACAAGCAUCUUUACUAAAUUCUUUAGCUAGUUCUACUGUUGUUAGCGAACAAAUUUCUAAUUCUGGCAAAGAUGUGAAUGGUGACCAAAAUGCCGAAGUAGAUAAUGUAGUUGAAGAAAAACGGGUUCAGAAAUUGUUAAAUAUUAUGGAGCGAGUAGAAAAUUGCAAUGUUAGUAAAACGUGUAAUAUAGAUUACAAAUAGUAGAUAAGUAAAUAUAAUGAGCUUGGUUAUAGAAUUUAGAUGUUCCUGACCGUAAAUGUUUGCAUGAAGGCGAUUUGUUAGAAUUGGAUCCUAUUGAAAAUACACCAGUUCAAAGAAUUCAUUGUUAUCUUUUUACAGAUAUUUGUAUUGUUGCCAGUUGGUUGUCUAGCAGGUGAUUAGUAAUUACAAUUUAAUGCAUGUUUUGUUUUAAUUUUUUUUUAACAUAAUAUUAUUAUAGACAUGGACCAGCUAGAUAUAGAUUUCAAUCAAUUUAUGAUUUAUGUAACCUUGCUGUUGUAAAUAUUAAAGAUAUUAAAAAUGCAUUUAAAUUACUUGCUUUUCCGGAAACAAGAGUAUUUCAAGCACCAAAUACUGGAUUAAAGGUUAAUCAUUUUCAAUGUAUAAAUAUAUUUAAAUAAACACAUUUUAAACUCUUUAUAGAACGAUUGGUUAUCAAAAUUUGAAGUUGCUAAAAAAUCACAAAUAUCUGUUGAAAAUAAAAUGAAGGGUACUACUGAACAUAAAACAAUUCAAAGGGCAGAUUCUAUUCAAUUAGUUCAUAAUUGUAAGAAUAACAGUUUUUUUUUUGUAGAGUUAAUAUAUUAAAGUAUAACUAUCAACAUUAUUAUUAUACAUAAAGUAUUUUUUGUCAAUUUUAUUACUAUAUUAAUUUACUUAAUUAUUCAGUGAUAUUUGUAUGGUUUAUUAUACUCAUUAUUUCAAAAUUUAACUUUUUUUAAAAUCAGAUAUAUGCUUUUCUAAAGUUGUAUAAUACUUUUAUUUUUUCACCCAUAUAUUUAAUAGUUAAAUCACUUGAUUAUUUAAAAGUUUGAAAUAAUGAUUUAAUAAUAUUUUUUUAAACAAUUAAAAUAUCACGGUGUAAUUUAACAUAUUAUUCUUACAGUAUAAUAUAAAAAUAAAAUUAAAAAUUUUGAUAGUUAUUGGAUUAAACUCUUUAAAAUAAUGUCAACUGAUAUUAUCAGAGUAUUCUGAACAGUAAAAUAGCAUUUAAUUAAUUUGUUUACAUUUUGUAUUGAUUAAUCAUUCAACUAAGAUUAAUAAUUUUGAUUUUUUCUUUUUAAUACAAUUAUUUAACUUAAACUGGUAUAAUACUAUUUUAGCUUUUGAACCUGAGAUACCAGAAAUAGAAUUGCCAGAAUGGUUAGUUGAUUUAGCCGAUGAUUUGGAUGUAUUAAUUGCUCAAAGACAUUUUGAAGAUGCAAAUGUGUUGAUUAGUAAAGCCAAAUUUUAUUUAGAAGAACAUAAUGAUCAAAUUCCAAUUUUUAUUGAUCUAGAAAUCAAGUAUUAUUAUAUGAAUUGUAUUUAAUCCUUAGUAAAACUAAUACUAAUACCUACUAUUUUGGAUAAUGCAAUUUGGUAUCAAAAUGCCAGUUUAAUAAAUUUGCUGAAUUGUUUAUUUAAUGAAACCUUUUAUUUAUAUAUAGGUACCUAACUUUUAAAUUUAAAUUUUUAAUAACUUAUUUAUUUUAUGCUAAUAAUCCUUGUGUAUAAAAACUAGUAUUUAUUAUAAUUUGUAGCUUUGUAGACAAAUAUUUUUUACUUCUUUAGUUUUUAAAGGUCCAUUGAGUCCCUUUCUCACAACAUAAAUACCUGCUUGAACCAUAUUAUAGAUAUACAUUUAUAUAUUUAUGUGUAAAAAUUGAAUAUUAAAUAUCAUUUGUGAUUAGUAAAAGUCAAAUUUAACUUUAAUUUUAAUAAUACAGAGCUAAAUUGGAAGAUCGUAUUCAAAAAUUGACUUUAGUUUUAACUAAUGAACUUCAAGUUUCUCCAGAUAAAUCACAUAAAGGAGGUUUAAGAGCUGCUCGCAGAGCAGUUCGAAUUUUGAAUCAACUGGAUAAAUCAUCUCAAGUACAUGUUUAUAAUAUAUUUAUAUAUAUAUAUUAAUAACCAGGGCUCAUACUAACUUGUAGCUUUAAAAAGGGUUUUAUAAGUACAUUUAUAUGCUUUUAAAAAUAUGUAUAUACUUCCUUGAAUUUUCACUAAAAAUAAUAAAAUAUUCAAAAAAUAAUAAUAAUAAUAAUGAUACUACUGUAAUUUCUUGAAUUUAUUAAAAAUAAAAUACUAAUGCAUGUGAUACAAUAUUAUAGGGGUUUCCUUAUAGAUAUGAUUACUGUCUUACUGACUUGCAGCUGAAGCUAAUAGAAACAAAUUAACAUGUAGAUACUGUUUAAAUUAUUCUCUUUAUUAAAUAUAUUUUGAAAUCUAUUGUAUUAAAAUAGCGCUAAGCAUAUCAAAAAAGCAAAAUAGCACUUAAACUAUAAAGUAUGUAAAAUUAACCAAAAUAAACUAUUUUGUGUAUUGCUUCAUGAUUUCUUGAAACAUUUGUAUAGCUCACAUAUGUAUCUCUAUGAACAUGGAAAAAAAAAUGCUAGUGCUUAAAGUUAUGAGCCCUGUUAAUAACUAUACUUUGUAAUUAUUUAAUGGUUUCAUUUAAUUUUAGGCAUGUGAUUUAUUUUUGAAAGUUUGUUCAAAUUUAUUGAAAUCUCAAUUACAGUAUGUACAACGUGAUGGUGCAAUGUCAACGUUUGUUAAAAAAUAUUCCAUGGUAUUUUUUGGAACUACAAUUGAAAUAACACAUGAAUUCUUAUACAAAGCCUUUCCAAACAGCCCAGCUUGUUCUUCAGGUACUUGCUAUAACUUGUUAAAAUAUUUUAAAACAAGUAUGGUUUUUUAACAAAAAUCUGUUUAGCUUUUAUUUUAUGGACCAUUCAAGAAGUAAAUGAUUUCAUGGUUGUUUUAAACAAACAUAUGUUUGUUCCUCAAACAUCACUGUCUAAUUUAUCUGAGUGUAUAAAAGUGAUCCACAAAAAUUGCCAAGAGGUAAUAUUAAUAUUUGUUUAGGAUUAAUUUUAAUACUUAAGUGUAACUAUUAUUUUACAAAUUUAUCCUAAUAAUAGUAAAAAUUCUUAAUAAGAAACAGUGUUUUUUUUUCAAUUUUAAACAGAUAGAGGAAACUUAUUACCUAAUUGUAUUGUUUUUUUCUUCUUGUUAUUAUGUAUUUUUGGGGAAGCUUUGGCCAUUACAUAAAAUGUUUCAUGAUUUUUAAUCAUUACUUAUUAGAUAGAUAAUUUAAAUCGAGAUGUACUUUAUAUAAGUAAGUUAUCUGAUAUUUUCAGUAAAGUAUGGUUAAAACUAAAAAAAAAAAAUGCAGAAUCUAUACACAUUAAAUUCUGAGCUCUACAUGCAUUAAUUUUUCAUGAAUUGUAAUGAUCCCACCUAAAACUGUGACUUGCUUAUAACAUGAUGUCUACAUAUUUUUAUUUAUUAACAUUUUUAAUGUUUAAGUUUUUGAAACAAGUAUAGAACAUUUUGUAUUCCCGUUGUAUCAGUCUAUCCUGAUAGUUCUUAGUUUAUAGUUACGGUUGUUGAUUUUGUUCACAAGAAGUUAUAUACUAUGUGUAACAUUACUAUUAGUAUAUGUUAUUUUCAUUAUUAGGUUAAAUAUUAGUAUCAAAUACAAAUUCAUGCUAGCAAAUACUAAAAAAAGAGCACUAUAGUAUAAGUAUUUUAAGAAUUUUUAAAAAUAUCUUUUAUUAUUUACUAAUUUAUUAAAAUAUUUAAUUUAUUUAGAUUUAGCAUUAUAUACUAGAUUACUAAAUUAGUUUAUAAUUUUAUAUAAAAAAUUUAAUAGUCUAUUGUUUAAAAACUAGAAAUACGCUCACAGAGUGAGCUGUCCUAACUUGAUUUUUUAAAUAAAUUAAUAUCUAAUAAAGUUAUAGUAUUAAAUUUUUAAUAAAUUACAAAAUCCAUUAAAAUGUAAUAUUAUAUUUUUAGUUAUGUGAUUAUGGAAUAGAUCUACAAUUUCAAAUUGAUGGACAACUUAGGAUUCCUCUUACAAAAUCAAUAAAUGAUGUUAAAGAGAAAACUAUUGAAGUAAUUAAAAUGCGUUUUUCUGAAGAUAAAUGGAAGCCUUUCAAUUUAAAAACAAAACAACAAAGGGAUAAACUUGUUGAAGAAUUUAAAAACUAUGGUUUUUCUAACAUUGAGUCUUAUAAUCAAGGUUAAUAUUUAAUACAAAUAUAUAAUAAUACAUACAAAUAAUAAACAAUACAUAUUUCUAGGUGAUUCAUGGAUAAUGUUAACCCAAAAUACAAUAACAUUCACGCGCACAUAUCUAUUACUACUCAAUGAUUGUUUGGUGUUUUAUUCACCUGAUUUAGUAAAUGCUAUUGAUCAAUUGCUUUAUGAAGUUUUUGCAGCCCAUUGUAAUAACAUAAAAAGCUCUAUAAAAAAUAAAAACUUUGUAAAUGAUGUAAGUAUUUUUUAAAUUAACAUCUAAAAUUAUACUUUUUUAACACUAAAUAUUUUUUCUUUCCAUUUAUAGAUAAAUAUCAUAACAACAAAUGCUAGAUUUAUUUUAGACAUUUUUUUAUCACAUUGUUUUAAAAUUUAUUCAGAAUCUACAGGUAAUACUAAUCCUAAAAUUCACAAACGUUUAAAAUCAGAAUUUGGUGUUAUUCCUACUCAAAAUAUAACAGGUUAUAUUUAAAUUAUUACAUUGUUUUUUGGGUAAUAUAAUAUUACUUAAUUAUUGUAUAUUUUAAAUUAAUAUUAUUUGUUAUACUUCACUUUAUAUUAUAUAUUAUUUAUAUUUACUUUUGUUAUUUUCAAUAAUUUAAAUUACAAUUAUAACCCUAUUAUUUAUGUAUUAUUAUGUACUUUUUAUAUUUAAUUUAAUAACAAUAUAGUUUACCUUUCAAGUGUUGUUUUAAGUAGUUGAUUCAAAUUUCAAUAUUUUUCUUUCCGGUUUUUAUUAUUAUCUAUCAAAAAUUAGUUUUUUACUAAUAAUAAUAACUUUUACUUUAGUAAAAAUUAAAAGUUAUUUAAGUAGAUAGUCAUUUCAUCUCCAAAAAUAAGAGUGUUAAAAAAAGGUAAUGUAACAUUUUAGAGCUG